CCUCCCGCUCCUUCUCCUCCCUCAUCCCACUGCCUAUUUAGGCGGGCGCCCGGGCCGGCGGCCCCGCUGUGGGUGCUGGGGAUCGCGCGGAGCCGAGCGGAGCCGAGCAGGGGGCUGUGCCGUGCUGGACCGGACCGGGCCGAGCCGGGCCGUGCUGAGCGGAGCGGAGCUGAGCCGAGCCGUGCUGAGCCGAGCCGCGCCGCACCGCGCCGGGGCCGCGCCGCCCCGCUCCGCUCCCGCGCACGAUGCGCGGCGCGCCCCGACGGCGCUGCCUGCUGCUGCCGCUGCUGCUGCCGCCGCUGCUGCUGCCGGAAGCUUUUUGGGGAACCGCUGCAGUAGCGCUGCAUAAAAGGGACAAGUUGGAUCACUUGGACUUAAGUAGAGGAAGGGAAGAUUUUUACCAGGUCCAAGAUGGAGAUCAUUAUUGCAAGAAGUGCCCGGCAGGUACCUAUGUUGCAGAGCACUGUAAAGUGCAAAAUGGCUCCAGCAAGUGUUUGCCAUGUAAAGAAGACGAAUACAUUGAAUACCCUAAUGACUUUUCCAAGUGCCUUGGCUGUCGGACAUGUAGGGAAGAUCAAGUUCAGCUGAGUCCCUGCAAGGCCACCAAGGACACGCAGUGUGCCUGCAAGAACGGCACCUUCUGCUCCCCAGACCAUCCCUGCGAGAUGUGCCAAAAGUGUCAGGCCAGGUGCCCCGAGGGCGAGGUGGAGAGGGCUCCCUGCACGCCACACAGCGACCUCCAGUGCGGUCCUCCCACAGAUGCCUUCCCCAGCUCCCAGCAGAGCAUGAUCGUGAUCCUUGUGGUUGUGUUAACUGCGGUCUUCGUUUCGGCCAUCUGCCUCUACCUGUGCUUCUGCAACCACCGUUCACAUGGAGGUGGUGGGAGAGACCUGAGGAGGAAAUCUUCCAGCGUGGUGGACUACAUCAUGUUGCAGCUGAGGAGGUGUGCUCGGGGCAGCCGGGAGAGACAGGACAACAAUCACAACGAGCGGGUCAUUCGGGAUCAGCAGCAGGAGCUGCUUCCUACGGCAUCGGGUUCAGUUGUUCCCAGUGCUCCAGUGCUGGAGGAGGUGGUGCCAGGAGUCUCGCAUCCUGGUGUGAAGGGGAGGAAGAAACUAGUUCCAGCGCAAGGAGAAGACCCCGUUAUUCUUUUGCGACGCUCUUUUGACGUCUUUGCCCGAGAAGUACCCUACAAGGACUGGAAGAGGUAUGGCCGAGCCCUUGAUCUGCUGGAGAAUGACAUUGCUCUCGCAGAGAUGAAUGACAAGUAUUCGCUGGAGCCCUUCUUCCAGAUGCUCAACACUUGGCAGAACAGACAAGGGAUGAAGGCCUCUGUCAACAUGCUGCUGGAGACCCUGGACCGGAUUGAUCUUGGAGGGGUUGCAGGCGACAUCUCCUUCCGGCUCAUUCAGCAGGGCUUUUACCAGUAUGAAGUGAGCUGAGAAGCAGGACAGGUGCUGCGUCUUCCUACUUCAAGCUGAAGCGAUUAAUACCUCCAAACACUUGAGUUUCAUCUUUUCGUAGAUCUGCUAGCUUUGUUCUCAUGAAACUGUUGAACAGUUCAGAUGAGCCUGGAGGAGUUCAUGCUCUUGCAAAAUUACAAGCUUUGUGGCCCUCCCUCUCUGCCGAAGCUACAGGCUCAAUAUCAGGUGCUUGCGUAUGAAAUCCAAGCAGAUUCUUUGAUUUUACUAGGACAAUGCAAAGAGCCUAAAACUGUUCCAAGGAGCCUGUGCAAUCGUCUCUCUUGGAAGCACUGGUACUGUACAGACAUCUUCAGGAUUAGCAUAAAGAGGGUCUUUACAUGAUGUGGGAGUCUAAUGUAAUUUUUAACUGGAUUACCUUUUCUCAGGGUUCCUGGCAUCAUGUAAUGGCUUCUGCUUGUAGAAUAUUUAAGCUGGCCAGCAAACUUAAUGGUGUAUGUUUGGCAGGCAAACAUUAAUUGGGUUCUUGGGUUACUUUCUAAAAGCUAUCGCCUGACUUGCAUUGGUAGUGGUUCUGCUUGCUGUUGGGAGUAAUUCUGAAACUGGAGUUUGAGGGGAGGGUGGAGAUGAUUUAUUUGCUCUGUGAUCCCUGGAGUUGCCUAGGAAAAGGAUCAGUGCAGGGAGAGAGCGAGCUAAUGGUUCAAGCACAAGUAGGAGUGUGGGCAGCAAACCGGCGCUGUGUCAGAAACCUCCCACGUCUCCUGUCUCACCUUGGCCAAGUUGGUUAGUUCCUGUUCCCCUAGCCAUGAAGCGGCUUUGCUGUCACUGUCUGUCUCCGGCUGGCAUGGAGGAGUAAAUGCACUGAGGUCCGAGUGCAGCUGUGGGUACCAUCCAUCCAUCUUCCACCUACAUGGAUUGCUGCUUUCAAACACUAGUCCUUGCUCUGUCUCUUGCACAAAGCUCAGGGACAACUUCUUGGCUGUGAAAUUACAUUACUUGAACUGGCUAAACGUGUUGAGUGGUACAGCCCAGCCCACGAGGACUUCCCCCAACGUAUCAAAGUCGAGAGAGGCAUCUGCCAGCUCCUCUCUGGCUGCCAGGGCUCACCCUUGCUGCGCACGGGUCUGCUCAGCAUGCACACAAGCCUCCCGUCCCUCCUGCCAGCAUCCCUUCUCCUCCCUCCCCCCAACUUCUGUCAGCAUUUAAAGUGCUGUAUAUAAAACGCAAGCAGGCAGUUUGUAUUUAUGUAUUUAUUUAGUAAUUGUAAACGUGUACAUACAUUAACUUAAAAGCUAAUAUAAAAAUAGGAUUGUUUUUUUACUAUGCAUGAUUGUGUGUUUUUAUACAGAGCUCUGGCACAGCCAGUUUCAAUUUUUUUACAUCUCUUUAUGAAGGAAGAAUAAACUUUUAAAAAAUC